UCCUCUUCUGUCCAGAGCUACACUCUCAGUGAGGGGGCCAUUGGUUGCCUAACCGGUCGCGCUCCAGCCAUGCUGCCCAAGCAUUGCUUUCUAGGCUUCCUCAUCUGUUUCUUCCCGACUGGGGUUGUAGAAACUCAGUCAGCCCAUGAGUCUCUGAAGCCUCAGAGAGUACAUUUCCAGUCUCGAAAUUUCCACAAUGUUUUGCACUGGCAGCCUGGGAGGACUUGCACCAGCAACAGCAGUAUCUACUUUGUGCAGUAUAAAACGUAUGGACAGAGACAAUGGAAAAAUAAAGAGGACUGUUGGGGUAUUCUAGAAUUCUUUUGCGACCUUACCAAUGAAACAUCAGAUAUACAGGAACCUUACUAUGGGCGAGUGAGGACCACCUCUGCUGGGAUCCACUCGGGCUGGACCAUGACACGGCGCUUCACUCCCUGGUGGGAAACAAGAAUAGAUCCUCCAGUCAUGAAUAUAACCCAAGUUAAUGGAUCUUUGUUGGUGAUUCUCCAUGCUCCAAAUUUACCAUAUAGAGACCAAAAAGGAAAAAAUGUAUCAAUAGAAGAUUAUUAUGAGCUAGUAUACCGAGUCUUUAUAACUAAUAAUUCACUGGAAAAGGAGCAAAAGGUAUAUGAAGGAGCUGGUAGAGUUGUUGAAAUUGGAGCUCUGGCACCUGGCUCUGCUUACUGUGUGGUGGCUGAAAUUUAUCAACCCAUGCUAGGCCGAAGAAGUCAGAGAAGUGAAGAAAGAUGUGUGGAACUUCCUUGAAGGGGUAUGGAGUGCUCCACAACAUGGCAAUCAAAAGCUCUUUGAGAGUGGGAUGGCUCAUUGUUGAAGCAUCUCACUGAACGUUGUGUUUAUAUUUUCUUGAUGCGGUGUUCACUAUUAGACUUUGGGGAGCGCUUUGCUUAUCCAUUCUUUCUUCCUUUACAUUUUACUAUAAACUGAUUUAGGCAACACCACUCAAAACAUUGGAAUUAGGGGCGCCUGGGUGGCUCAGUGGGUUAAA